AGCAAUAAUUAUAACUGUCUUGAUCAUUAAUUAAUGGGAACAUGUUAAUAAUGCAAAUCGUAUGUUGAAAUCAGCAAUCUCACCAUCAUUGACUAGCUUAGCAAUGAUUUCAUAGUAGUGUAAGACGAUUAUUAGCAUCCUUUGUAUGGCAAAGUCAACAUACUUGAGUACAAAGAACCCAAACAAUUUGAUUUUAAAUUAGUACAUAAACUUAUUACAUUUGUAGAGAGAGAAGACUUUCAACAAGCACUACAAUAUUAUGAAGCCAAAUUUUAUGGGUUCAACCAUCCCAACCUCUUAAUCAUACAUGCAAUGCAACAUCGAUAAAUAGAUCAAUUCUUUAACACCCAAUACAAAUUGUCACUCUUCCUAGAUUACUAUGAAACCACUCUCGCCUAAGAAUUAAUCUUCAGAAAGAAAAUAUACUUUGAAGAAAGAGAAAUACUAUUCUUUCUGGAUUCCUUAAUUGGUAGUUAGGCCUUCCUCCAAUCCAAAGGUCAUGCCUUGUCCUCCUUAAAAUUCGACAAGAUCUAUCUCACCAAUCUGCUUAAUGGAGCUAUCGCAUUGAAAGUUCAAAGUCCUCUAUUUGACCCCAAAGAUUAGGAAAUGGAAUUCAAUGCUUUAUUUGAUAAAAUAAUAAAGGGAGAGUAAGUCAAAUUGCAGGAUUAUCCAUAUCUCAGUCCAGAACAAUGGCAAAUGAUUCACAACAAAAAGUUGGAAUCUUAUGAUCUCUUUAAAAGCAAUGUAUUUGUACUUGGAUUAAUGAUAUUAGAACUGUGUUCUGUUCGUCAGAGUAUCACCCUAUAUAAAGACUACAUGAUAGAUCAGAACCUUUUAAAUGAUCAAAUCAAUAAAGUAAAAGAGAGAUACGGGGAAGUAUUACCCUUGCUUUUAGACGCAAUGCUGUAUUAUGAUCCUAAAGUGAGAUGCGACUUUUUAUAGUUGGACGAUCUAUUGAAUUUACAACAAUUGUUAAAUGGCAAAAGACUGUCUCAGAUUUGGACUACCGAAGAUUUCUAAUAUAGUUUCAUCGAGAAGAAGGUAUUCGGUUUGAUAGACUAAUUAUAGGUUCAUUUUACUACAAGGCAACACUCACUUAUUCAUCCAGAAGUGUAAUCCUAAUUAUCUAAUUAAUCUUUAUUGCAAAAAGGAUCACAUUUAUCACUCAAAUAAGUCUUAUCAAAAAAUUCAAAGGAGUCCAAAGCAUCAAGUUCUUUUAUUUAAAAAAGAGAAUCAUAUUCACCUCAAACACAAAAAAAGAAUUUGUUUAAAAAAUUCGAAACAGAAUAAGCUUCAAAAGGAGGCAGCAAGAAACUCAUUACUUAAGAUGGAUUUGGAGUGGAAUCAUUAGCAAAUGGCCUAACAUAUGAAGGUAUAUUUUAAGGGGGUAAAAAGUAAGGGUUAGGUAAGCUAAUUAAUGAUGACAAUGAGAUUAUUUAUGAGGGAUACUUCUUUGAAAACCAAUAUCAUCGUACAGGAGUACUCAAAAAUUAAAAUCCGCAACCAUUAACUGCACCAUUCAAUUAUAAAGAUUUCAAUACCUUAGGAAAUAUGUGGGUCAAAUAUGAUGGAGAUUUCAAAGAAGGUAAACAGGAUGGAUAUGGUUAAUUGACAUUGUCUAAUGCUGAAAUCUAUACUGGGCUUUUUAAAAAUGGAGAAGUAAAUGGAACUGGAGUGUUCUUAACUUUGGAUGGCCAACAUAUCAAAGGCAAAUGGGUAAAUAAUAUCUUUCAAGAAGUAUGA